CAGUUUUAACUGACGGACCCUCGUAUGUUUACACGUGAGGUUUGUGCAGGGCUGUAAUAUCAAACUUAAAGUGUUUAAAUCUCUCAUGCUGUUGUUUGACCAGGUGGAAUAAAAAGAACUGAAUUCAAAAUGGGAAAACUGAGGAAGAAACACAACUGGAAGGGACGACAGCAAAGUGAAACCCAACAACCAGCAGAUAAAGAGAAGACAGAAGUUGUUGUUGAACUACAAGAUGGGUCCAGGCUGAAAGGUGUAGACCAGAGCAACGCUUUGGUCCUCCCAGCCAACAAAGCCAAGAAGAAGAAAGUCUCAGCCACACCCGUUUCCACCAAAAAGCCCCUUACAAAGAAACAGAAGAAGGAGCUGCAGAAAGUCCUGGAGCGCAAAGAAAAGAAAGCUCAGAGAGCAGACAUCCUCACCAAAUUGGCCGAAGUGCAGCUUCCAGAGUCCGAACUGAAGCUGCUGUACACCACGUCCAAACUGGGAACAGGAGACAAACUUUACCAGAGCAAAAAGUUACCGGAUGAAGUAAAAGAUGGAGACUCAGGGCCAAAGAUCAGCAGCGUCAGUGGAGCGAACAGAAAACGAAAAUGGAAAGAAGAGGAGGACGAAGAAGAGGAAGAAAAGGCAGAAGAAAGCAGUGAUUUGGACACCUCAUCUGAUGAGGAUGAGGAUGAGGAAGACAAAGAAGUGAAUGAGACCACAGAGAAGACUGCUGCUCCCUGUCAGGAGAUGGACAAACAGGAAGUGAAGGAAGAACAACACAAAACAGAACAAGGUGGACAGAAUGAGAAGAAGAUUUCUGUUCCAGAGAAAAUCGAAAACAAGACGCCAUCACAGCCGGCCAUCUUCAUUCCUGUUGACAGAUCUCCAGAAAUACAGGAGGCCCGUCUGAAGCUGCCCGUGCUGGCGGAGGAGCAGGUCAUCAUGGAAGCAGUGAGAGAAAAUCCCUGCGUUGUUAUCUGUGGAGAGACGGGAAGUGGAAAGACUACUCAAGUGCCUCAGUUUCUGUAUGAAGCCGGCUAUGCCACUGGCAGCGGAAUAAUAGGUAUCACAGAACCAAGAAGAGUGGCAGCUGUCAGCAUGUCCCACAGAGUGGCCAAAGAGAUGAACCUGUCCACACGGGUGGUGUCAUACCAGAUUCGAUAUGAGGGGAACGUGACCAGUGAUACCAAGAUCAAGUUCAUGACAGAUGGUGUGUUACUGAAGGAGAUCCAGAAGGACUUCCUGCUCCAGAGAUACAGUGUGAUAAUCAUAGACGAGGCGCACGAAAGGAGUGUGUACACAGACAUCCUCAUCGGACUGUUGUCUCGUAUCGUCCCACUCAGAAACAAGAAAGGUUUGCCCAUGAAGCUGCUGGUUAUGUCAGCUACCCUGCGAGUUGAGGACUUCACAGAAAACGGAAAGCUGUUUCGGACGUCUCCGCCUGUCAUCAGAGUGGACGCUCGUCAGUUUCCGGUCACUAUCCAUUUCAACAAACGCACACCACUGGAUGAUUACACCGGAGAAGCUUUCCACAAAAUCUGCAAGAUCCACCGGAUGCUGCCUCCAGGUGGUAUCCUGGUGUUUCUGACCGGUCAGGCUGAGGUUCACAAUCUGUGCAGAAAACUGAGGAAAGCUUUCCCCUUCAGGAGGGGUAACACAACCACUGGUGAAGAUGAGGAAGCUGACACAUCCGAAGCAAUGAGGAAGUUUAAAAAAUCCAAACAGAAGAAGACGGUCUCUUUGCCCCGAAUCGACCUGGAUAACUACUCUGCUCUCCCGGUGGAUGAAGGAGACGAGGACAGAGAGGCGGGAAUUGGAGACGAGGAGGAUGAAGGCUCAGACUUGGAGAUUGGAGACGAUCCUGCCAGUGCAGAGGAGAAUCCUGACCCGUCUAUUCCUCUCUACGUCCUCCCUCUGUACUCUCUGUUGGCUCCAGAGCAGCAGGCCAAGGUGUUCAGGCCUCCUCCACCUGGAACUCGUCUGUGUGUGGUAGCCACCAAUGUGGCUGAGACGUCUCUGACCAUCCCCGGCAUCAAAUACGUGGUCGACUGCGGUCGAGUUAAGAAACGUUUCUAUGACCGAGUCACCGGAGUGUCGUCCUUUAAGGUCACAUGGACCUCACAAGCCUCAGCCAAUCAGAGGGCAGGUAGAGCGGGACGAACAGAGCCAGGACACUGCUACAGGUUGUACUCGUCUGCAGUGUUCGGAGACUUCAGUUUGUUCUCAGAGGCAGAGAUCACUCGCCGGCCAGUGGAAGAUCUGGUUUUACAGAUGAAGGACCUCAACAUAGAGAAGGUGGUCAACUUUCCCUUCCCCACGCCUCCCUCCACUGAGGCUCUAGUUGCAGCAGAGCAGUUAUUAGUCUCAUUGGGAGCUCUGAAAGAGCCGCCUCGCACCGGAAGGGUGAAAGAGAUGGAGCGAGCAAGACUGAGCAGUCCCAUCACCCCUCUGGGCAGAGCGAUGGCUUCAUUCCCUGUGGCACCUCGUUAUGCUAAGAUGCUAGCUCUUGGUCAGCAGCAGGAUUGUUUGCCUUACAUCAUUGCGGUGGUAGCAGCCAUGACAGUCCGGGAGAUCUUUGAAGACCUGGACAGACCUGCACGGAGUGAAGAUGAGAGUUCAAAGCUCACCCAGCGUCGAGCUCGGCUGACCCAGAUGAGGAGGUUGUGGGCUGGGCAAGGACCAUCGCUCCAGCUGGGGGACCUCAUGGUCAUGCUGGGUGCUGUUGGUGCUUGUGAAUUUGCUGGUUGUACUCCUAAAUUUUGCGAGGAUAAUGGCCUGAGGUAUAAAGCCAUGGUGGAGAUCAGGAGGCUCAGAGGACAACUCACCAAUGCAGUGAACGCAGUGUGCCCAGAGGUGGGAGCAUUUGUGGAUCCCAAGAUGGCUCCGCCAACAGAGCACCAGGUGGUUUGCUUGCGGCAGAUUGUUCUGGCCGGUCUGGGAGACCAUCUUGCGAGGCGUGUACAGUCAGAAGACAUACUGGACCCAAAAUGGAAGAAUGGAUACAAGACGCCUCUUCUGGACGAGCCGGUGUUCAUUCAUCCCACCUCUGCGUUGUUCAAAGCGCUUCCAGAGUUCAUCGUCUACCAGGAGAUCAUGGAGACCACCAAGAUGUACAUGAGAGGUGUGUCAGCUGUAGAAGCAGAGUGGGUCCCCGAGCUUCUGCCUCAGUAUUGUCAUUUUGGCUCCCCUCUGGAGUCGCCAUCCCCGUGGUUCUGUUCAUCCACCGGCACCAUCAGAUGUCACCGCUCAAGCACCUUCUUCCGUGUGGGUUGGCAGCUGCCGGCAGUGGAGAUGGAAUAUCCAGAAGCCCUGGAGCGUUACAAGCUAUUUGCCAGGUUUCUGCUUGAGGGACAGGUUUGUCCUAAACUAAAGAAACACAGCAGCCACCUUCUCUCAAACCCCUCCAUCAUGCUGAAGACAUGGGCAAAGCUGCAGCCCAGGACGGAGGUUUUGCUGGGAGCGCUGGUGUCAAAGAGGGUUGACUGCAGAGAAGCUCUCCUGUCUGUGUGGAAAACUGAAGAUAAAUUUCUAUUGUCUGCAUACUGCCAGUGGUUACCUGAGGCCAUGCAUAAAGAAGUAGCCAAAAGUUGGCCUCCGAUAUAAAGACUUUCAUCUGAAAAGAAGGCAGAAAAUUAAAUUACAUCCUUGAUCAGAGACAAAUGUUGAUCUACAGAUCCAUAGAACUCCCUUCUUUACCAUCAGAGGGCGUCUUCAGACCUGUUAUUUUUUUAAAUGUUCUCUCAAGAUGAAACUACAAAACCACGACACUGCCUUUUCUUAGAUAUGUAUUUUAUAUACUGUAUCUGUGACUUGUACAGUUUUCAACUACAGCUCUAUAAUAACUUUUAACUUGUUAUCAGUGUGCUGCUGUUUGUCUGAUUUGGUCUUCAUAAGACUCAUUAAAACUGUG